AUGAGAUUCUCCAUCUUUUUCAUUGCUCUGAUGACUUCGGUCUCAUCCGCAGCCUCCACUGAGGAUCCAGGCCCAUCACCUACUGCUUCGACCGGCUGUGAGCCACACGGAGACCACUGGCACUGUGACGGCCCAGCCUCAACAGCCGUCUCAGGUACAUCAACAGCAAGCGAGGCUGAAGUGAGCACCACCUCUGCGGAUGCUUCUCCUGCAGUCCCUAGUCCUACCGAGUCUGCUGGCUGCGAGCCACACGGCGACCACUGGCACUGUGACGGCCCAGCCUCAACAGCUGUCUCGGGUACAUCAACAGCAAGCGACGCUGAAGCGAGCACCACCUCUGCCGAUGCUUCUCCUGCAGUCCCUAGUCCUACCGAAUCUACUGGUUGUGAGCCACACGGUGACCACUGGCAUUGCGAUGGACCUGCUGAGACGGCUAGUGCUUCCGCAAGUGCCUCCGCGGGUGCCUCUACGGGUUCUGAAGAUGAGGAAGGCGGUGCUGGAGCAAUUGGAGUGCAAAUUUCCCUGCUUGUUGGAUUGUCACUUGUUGCUGCUGGUUUGAAUGUUUGA